AAAUACCGGGAGUCACCGCCUCCACAGCACCACUUCUGCGGAAAAGCUGCACUCAGGAGGAGACACAUUCCAGCUCGGGUUUUCGCCCUCUCAACUAAAGUCUAAAGAUGUCCACCAAGGAGAAGCUGAUUACCCAUGUGAUGAAGGAGGAGCCUAUUGGCAGCAGGAACAAGGUGACGGUGGUGGGUGUCGGCAUGGUGGGCAUGGCCUCCGCCAUCAGCGUCCUGCUCAAGGACUUGUGCGAUGAGCUGGCCCUGGUUGAUGUGAUGGAGGACAAGUUGAAGGGUGAGGCCAUGGACCUGCAGCACGGAGCCCUCUUCCUGAAGACACACAAGAUUGUCGGCGACAAAGACUACAGUGUGACAGCCAAUUCCAGGGUGGUGGUCGUGACUGCCGGUGCCCGCCAGCAGGAGGGUGAGAGCCGUCUCAACCUGGUGCAGCGCAACGUCAACAUCUUCAAGUUCAUCAUCCCCAACAUCGUGAAGUACAGCCCCAAGGCAAUCCUGUUGGUGGUCUCUAACCCAGUGGACAUCCUGACCUACGUGGCCUGGAAGCUGAGCGGUUUCCCCCGUCACCGUGUCAUUGGCUCUGGCACCAACCUGGACUCUGCCCGUUUCCGCCACAUCAUGGGAGAGAAGCUCCACCUCCAUCCUUCAAGCUGCCACGGCUGGAUCGUCGGAGAGCACGGAGACUCCAGUGUGCCCGUGUGGAGCGGCGUGAAUGUUGCUGGUGUUUCUCUGCAGACCCUUAACCCAAAGAUGGGAGGCGAGGGUGACGCUGAGCACUGGAAGGAGGUUCACAAGAUGGUGGUUGAUGGAGCCUAUGACGUUAUCAAGCUGAAGGGCUACACUUCCUGGGCCAUCGGCAUGUCUGUAGCUGACCUGGUGGAGAGCAUCACAAAGAACCUGCACAAGGUGCACCCUGUGUCCACACUGGUCCAGGGCAUGCAUGGAGUGAAGGAUGAGGUCUUCCUGAGUGUCCCCUGUGUCCUGGGCAAUAGCGGUCUGACAGAUGUCAUUCACAUGACACUGAAGCCCGAAGAGGAGAAGCAGCUGGUGAAGAGCGCCGAGACCCUGUGGGGUGUACAGAAGGAGCUCACUCUGUGAAGUGCUCUCCUCUGAAUUCUUCAAUCCACACCAAACACCAUGUGGUCAACCCCUACCUACUGUACCUCCUGUGUCCCUCAUGGCAACGGGUGAAUGAGACCUUUGAGUAUCUAACAAGGCCAAGUGUUUGUAGCUUAAUCUAUGGAAGCUAGAUUUUACCUUCAGAUAUUCGUGCACGGGUGUCAUUGUCCUUUUCUGCCUCUCACCUGCCUUCCUCCCCACUUUCAUGACUGAAUUUUCGGAAACCCAACUCAUACCUUUAGCCUUUGAUCUCAGCCCGUGUUGGAGAGAGGGGGUAUCUAUCUGUUGUUAAUUGUAAAGCCUAUGCAUAUUGAGCGUAUAUACUCCAUGUACUGUAUGUUACUGUAUACUGUUGCUGUUUCUUCUGUACACUCCGUGUUCGUAGUUGGUAUGUAUUCCGUGUAUUCUGUGAUUGUUACCAGUUGGUUUUUCCCACUUGGUAAUCUCUGUUUAAUUUUUUAUUUGGAGUAUAAUGGAGACAUUCCAUUCUCUAUGAGGAGGGCUUCCUUUCCACCUAGAGUCAUAACAACACUGCUAUAUAUCACUGGGCCAAAAUCCUGUGAUACCAAAGUACCUUAUCACUUGAGAAAAGCAAUGCUAUGUCUACUGGUUGGCAUUGAAGCCUUUUUUUUAAACGAACUUAACCACAAGUGCACUGACAGAAAAGGUGUUGCUAACAAGAUGACUUGCUAUAAUUCAACUCAGCAAAGAGAUAACAGAGAGCCAAUGGGAAAUAGUCAGCUAGGAUCAUGACCUAGGUUCAGGUUAUGAAUCAUAACAGACGGUAACAAUCCUGAAGAAGGAGUUGUUUGUUUGCGCACCCUAACUACCCUCAAAGGGUAUUGUAUUUAUUUUACUCCACCUGACUCUGGAACAAAAGACAUCAAGAGAAAAUGAUGGUAUUAUUUAUAACUAUUAAUACUGUUAAGAUCUAUUUAUGUAUUAAUGUUACAUUAGAUAGGGUCAAUCACUCACUGAGGAACUCUGCCUGUCCUGGCAGGUGGAUAUUGAUUUUUAUUUGCUGUCACAUCAAAUAAAUCUGCCAGGAUAAUGAUACAAGUUU